GGGGCUCGGGGCGCGAGAGGGACUUUGCGCCGGGCUACGACGCUACGACGGGGAGAACCCGGAGACGACCUUCCGGCAGUAUGAGAAGCAUGUGGAGCUUUGGGAAUUUGAAACAGAAGUGGCCAAAGCAAAGCGGGGCGUGAAGCUGCUGCGCCAGCUGACUGGGGUGGCAGCAGUCGCUGUCGACGAGCUCGAGAUGAAGGACAUCGCAUGCGAGGACGGCGUGAAGAACGUCCUCAAUAAGCUUCGCGAGUACUUCCUGCCCCAUUUGGAAGUGUCGCUGCCACGAGCUUUCGAGACGGCGGUGUAUGGCCCUCAAGGCCACAAAGAGAGCUUCGCUGAGUACACCAAGCGCAUGGAGCGGGCGUUCAUCAACCUAGCGAAGGAAGGUGUGGACUUGCCUGAUGGUGCAAAGGGCUACAUCAUGUUCCGCCAGGCCGCUCUCAACGAAGCGCAAGAACAACGGCUUCUCACCUGGGCGGAAAGGUUCGGAGAGCACGCAUGUGCUCCGAAGGCUGGACAAGGGCAAAGAGCAGCCAUGUCACGGAAGAGCACUAUCUAUGUCCUUCAGAAUGCCUCCGGUGGCCACUAUGACCUGGACGAUGAUGGCUACCAGGAUGGAUUGGAGGACGAGGAGAUUACAUCUACCUUGCGGAUGGAGACCUUGAUGAAGUGA